CCUUGAAACGCCCAACACGUCAGGUUGAACCUGCCCUCAUAACAGCUCGUGAUCAAGCGAGUCCACAGAAGAGCUACUCGUCAGCGCUUAAUCGAGCGUCUCCUGAACUCAUUCUCGAGUUCUCCUUUAACAACAUCCGAGAUCUGCCGCCCCUCUUGAAGGUAUUCCUUUCUCGUUUCCACUGCAGUCACCGGACACCUCGUACACUGCAACGGCGUUUAAAUACCCGAAAACCAGAGCACUAUGGCGGAACUACAACACUGGGAACAAACAAAACAGCUGUUCCUCUUCACUUCUUUGACAGCAGGCAGUUCGCACAUUGUGACGGCAACGUCUCGCAUAGAAACGAUUCUAAGAAACGCACGCAUACCCUUCACAUACAUUGAUACUGCCACAAACGAAAGUGCACGAAAGCUCUUCCAGCGCCGUGCAAGGGGAAAGAAGCUACCUCUGCUUGUCAAAGAGGGUUUUGUCAUAGGUGACUUGGAGGAGAUAGAGGAGCUUAAUGAGUUUGGAGAGCUAGAAGAUGCGAUUGGUGAAGUAGAUACGACAGAGACGAGCAUAACGACUGCACCUGCAAAAAUGAUACCCAUAAGGGAGGGAGGCACGGCUUCCAAUCCGACCCCUACGGGAGUUUCGGUCGUGACUUCGUCUAGCACUGCAGCUUCGACAACUGUAGCUUCAGCUAAGGAAGAGCCAAAGAAAGAGGAUACUGUAGUGCCACAGCAGACCUCAGUAAUGGGGCAGUUGGCAGCAGAAGCCGCCGCCAAGGCGAAAGAGGCUGCGAAGAAAGUACCUACCCCAAUUCUACAGAAAGCGAGUUCAACAGAGAAGGAUGCCCAAAAAGGGGAUAAGGAAGACAGCAGGGAAACCCCUCUGUCCCCUAGCGGUGUACCAUUACCCAUGUCACCUGCUGUCAAGUCGCCGUCGUCGGAUGCCAACGUCAAAUCCCCCACCUCAAUCAAGUCGCCCAUAAGCGCCACGAGUCACCGCAGGCAUGGCUCAACAGGCUCGGCGCACUCCUUUGUACCAGAGAAAACUGAACCAGAGCCUCGGGAGCACAGGGGGUCGGAGAUCAGCGCUGCGAGCGAGGAGGAGAUAAAGAGGAUAGAAUCGGAGUGCGCGAUACCGGAAGAAGACGAAGAAGAAGAGAUGGAUGAAGCUACCGAAGAUGCUAUCCUAUUUGGAGACGGAGAGGAUGGGGAUAAGGAGGAAGUGAAAGAUCAAGCGGCGGACAAGAACAAAGUCGAGGAUACGGAUAUGAAGUCUUCUACAGCAGAAUCGGAGCCUAGUCUGGAGUCCGGCAAAGGAACCACUGAGGCAGCAGGAAAAGGUCAAUCAGAUACGAUGCAGAAGCCACUUAACAUCAAAGGUGGACCCAACAAGAUAAAAGCAAUUAUGAAGAGCGCAGGGGUAGAGCCUUCCAGAACCGAAGCGGAGACUUCGAAAGCGAAUAAUGAGGAUGACAACUAAGAUGACACUGAAGAUGAGAGUGAAGAUGAAGAGGAUGAGGAUGAGUCCGAGGCGAAGGCAAGAGAUGGAACAACCAGGGAUUGACAUUGCAAAGGCUUCUGAAAGCACAUCCCAAAUCGUCGACGCUUUCGAAAAGGUCCCAAAUCCAAGACAUAUGGAUGUCUCUGCUGAGAGAAACACAUAAUAGCCACAAAAAGUUCUGAACAAUUGACAGCCGUAUGGGUAUUGUGAGCUAUCAACUUGUCUUUUUGCGAGACUGUAAUUAUGUAAGAGGGAGGACGUUUCAGGCAUGACAUUUGUACAUCCAGAUAUGAGUGCGGCUUUCUAGGGAAGGACAUAGUUUGUCCCAAGCCUCAUGCUAGAACAAUGUGCUGCUUUAUUUGCAGUAGUAUAGGUUUAUUUUAUACCCCAAACCCGAUGUAAGGUACGCUGCAGCUUACGCGGUGCUUUGAGCGGGCACAUUUUGAUAUAUAAACUUAUUCCAGCAAUCGAACGAAAUGAC